AUGGAAAAACACUCCAUGCGUCACCUGCUGUGGGCUGCACUGUUCCUGUUGUACUGCAGCUGCGGGUGUUUGGCUGCUGUUGUACAGCAGUUACCACAGAAAGGACAAAGUGCUCUACAGGCGUACACCGUCUCUGCUGGUGAUAAUAAUGAGAAAUGGGAACCCAUCCGUUUUGCUGUGUAUACAAAAUAUGUGGAGGAUGUGAUGAACUAUUGCAUCGCAGAAAAGAAAGUAAUGCCUUCUGAGUACAAUGUACUACCAGGAGUUAGAGACGAUCUUGAAGGUCAGUUUAAACAACUCUGUGACGGUGAAAAUAAAAUGACAACAAAGAGGAUGCAUAUUCUUUUUAAGGAUCUCCUGCCCCAAGCCAUCAAAUUGCACAGAGAUCGCCUUAAAGUGAAGCCAGUGCAGGGCAAUCUGUCGCUAUGGAAAGAGAAUUAUGAAGAUGACAAGUUAGAUCCAAUGACAAGGAAUUGCAAGCAGUUCUUGGUGCCCGAAGAGCAUUUGAAGCAUGGUAUUCCCGAUGCUGAUUUUUUGCUUUACGUGCGUCUCUCGCCAACUGAGCAAGACUAUCAUAUUUGCACUAAAGACAGGGGUAAUCAGAUCCGACCGACAUCUGCCCGUAUCAGUUUUGUCCCAAAGGAGAUCAAUGCAACGAGACAUUUCAUUCGCAUGGCUGCGCGCAAUAUUGCAUUUGGACUUGGGUUUAAGGAGUUCGUCUUUGGCACGUCCUCCUCUAUUUCAGGGAGAGUUGGAGUCUUCUUGAACGGUGGAAAAAAGGAUGUCACGAUCGUGACCGGUGGCAACAUGAAGGAGAAGAUCGUGGAACAGUUCAACUGCUCAAGUUACGGUGGAAUACCUUUGGAUUUUAAAGGCGAGAGUCUUGAAUUGGAGUGGGAGAGACGCAUCGCACGGGAUGAAUUGAUGGGUGCAUACACUGGUGAUCCCACUGGAAUGUUCUACACUAAUCUAACACUUACAUUGUUUAAUGCAUUGGGUUUCUACAGAGCAGAAUUUAGCAUGGCAGAACCCAUGAGUUGGGGGAAAGAUUUUGGAUGUGAGCUCUUUGAAAGUACGUGCCAAGAAAUAAUCGAAAAACACUCGGGGAAGUUCCCUAAGACCUUCUGCAAGGAAAGUGAUAAACCUGUAUUACAGUGUACCUCUGAUCGCUUUGGUCUUGGUGUCUGCUCCAAGGACAACACGAACAAGCAUGGUAUACCUGCUGAGUACCACUACUUCCAAAAGAAUAAUCUCAGAAACAGUGAAAUGAUGGAAGGCUGUCCCAUCAUUAAGCCGUUUCAACAGACCAUGUGCGAGACUGGUGAUGAGACACUUAUGCCUGGCAGUAUUGUGAGCAAUAUCUCACGGUGUCUGGAUGUGACGGAACCGGUGGGAAUCGAUGAAAAUGGAAAGAAAGUGAAGGUUCAAGGCAUUUGUGCAAAAGUGAAGUGUGAGGAUGGCAAGGUGAAAGUGCAUUACAAGGGGUAUAAUGAGGAGAAUGGGAAAGAAAAAUGGGAGGAGUGCAGCGACGAGAAAUCUACUAUUACAUUGCAGGGUUCAGAGUUCAAGAGUGGAACUACUAUUCGUUGUCCCAAAUACGAAGAAGUGUGCACGAAAGAGACGAAUACUGAUCUUCUUCCCGAAAUUAAAUACAAUGUAGUUAAUGUGUCUGAGGAUAAGGUGGAAGAGCACAAACAGGAUGAGGAAGAGGAGGAAACCAAAGCACAAAACAGUUCGAGCACCAAUUCGGAAGCAAGCAGAGGCGUGGUAAAUGGUGGGAGUGAAACGUCCGCUACUGAAGGAGAGAAAAAUGCCUCAGCAGCCCCUGAUGCCAACGGCAGUUCUCAUGAGUCCAGUGCUGCAACACCAGGAAAUUCCACCAACGCUGAAAGUGCCGAGGAGGAAGGACAGCGUGCACCGAGAAGUCGUCGUCAUAUUGCUGAUGCUACUACUUCUCAAUCCGCAGCUAAUCCCAAUGGCACUGAAGACACAAUACAGUCCUCAAACACUGUUUUGAACAGGACGAACUUAACUGAGAGCGAAAUAAAAGAAGAAACACUAAAACAUACAAAUGUAACGGUUAUGUUCGGUACUGACAGCAGCAUCAUGGUCUCCUGCAUGGCCCCUCUUGCACUUCUUGUGUGUGUUGUUGGUUUUGUGAUGGUUCCAUGA